AUGCUGUCCUCAACCUUUCAGAAGAAGAGACCAAUAUCUACAUCUGACAAAGACAAUCGCAAUGAUAAUAGUGAUGAUGCCGGUAUGGGAUCCGUGUCCGAUGUCACAUCUGGCUCGCAGGCUCUCCAUCGGAAGUUGGGAGGGAAAGAAGUGCAACUGUUCGCAAUUGGCGGUGCAAUUGGUACUUCCCUAUACGUACAAAUGGCCGAAGCUUUGCCCGACGGCGGUCCCGCCGGCUUGUUCAUUGCAUUCCUAAUCUGGGGGUCAGUCAUGUGGGCAGUGAACGAAUGCUUCGCAGAGAUGGUGACCUAUCUUCCCGUGCCCUCGCCAUUCAUUCGCUUCAGUAGUCUAUGGGUAGAUGACGCACUAGGCUUCGCGAUGGCAUGGAAUUUCUUCCUCAAUAUGGCCUUUCUAGUACCCUUCGAGAUUGUCGCGAUGAGCAUCAUGAUAACUUUCUGGACAAACAAAGUGCCCGUUGAGGCUGUUAUUGUGAUUAUGAUAAUCGCCUACGCUCUGCUGAAUAUAUUCAGCGUGAGGUAUUUUGGAAUAUCAGAAUUCUACCUCUCAAUUUUCAAGGUGCUCUUAAUGAUUGGAUUGUUUUUCUUUACAUUCAUUACGAUGCUUGGUGGAAACCCGAUUCAUGAUCGCUAUGGAUUCCGGUAUUGGAAUCAUCCUGGCGCGUUUGCAGAACAUCUAGUGUCUGGCGGCACGGGAAAAUUUCUCGGGGUAUUGUCAUGCUUAUAUCAAGCUAGUUUCAGCAUUACUGGCCCGGAGUAUAUCUCGAUGGUAGCUGCCGAAGCAGAGAAUCCUAGAAAGAUCCUACCUUCAGCAUACCGAUCAUUCGUCUGGCGUAUUCUUGCAUUUUUUGUAGGAUCUUCGUUCUGCAUGGGUAUCGUCAUUCCUUACAAUGAUCCGACUCUCCUCGCCAUCCUCGGGGGUAGCAGCUCUGGGUCCGGUACAGGAGCUGCGUCACCAUAUGUUAUUGCCAUGGAACGUUUACAAAUUCAUGUCCUUCCACACAUUGUGAACGCACUCAUCAUGACAUCCAUCUUAAGUGCUGGUAAUGGCCUCCUCUUCACAGCCACUCGCACUUUACAUGGGAUGUCUAUCACAGGUCACGCGCCACGAAUUCUAUCGUACUGCACAAAGCGUGGUGUUCCUAUCUGGGCGCUCAUGGUUUCUCUUUUAUUUUGCCUCCUAGCCUUCUUACAAGUCAACAGCUCGUCUGCUGAGGUAAUGACGUACCUUGUGGACCUCGUCACCUGUUGCCAAUUGAUCAAUUACGGCUUCACAGCUGUCACAUAUCGGCAUUUCUACGCCUCCCUUCAAAAGCAAGGGAUUUCACGAGAUAGUCUUCCUUACAAAGGACGCUUUCAACCAUAUACAUCCUACUUAGCCAUCGGGGGCACGUUAUUUAUGCUCUUUGCAGGUGGAUAUGACGUAUUUAUAAAAGGAGAAUGGAGCACAAUGUGGUUUUUUUUGGACUACGCUAUGAUCGGAUUCUUUGUUGUUACACUUUUGGGUUGGAAAUUCGUCUUUAAGACAAAAUAUGUCUGGCCUGGGACAGCGGACUUGAGCAUGGGUGGGCUGAAGGAUGAGAUUGAUAAAUAUGAGGUUUUAUAUUCGAUUGAGCAUGAGGGCAAGAAAGCGAGUGUUGUUGAUAAGUUAUUUGCUUGA